AUGUUCGCCACCAAGCGUCUGAGCAAGGAGCUCAUUAAGAUGAAAGACCACAUGCCUCCUGGAAUCUCAAUUGCAAAGGCGGAAAACCUGGAAGAAUGGCAGAUGGAUAUCCGAGUCCUGGAUGACAAUCCUCUCUAUCAGAACCAAAUUUAUCGAUUGAAGUUCACAUUUGGAUCCAAAUACCCCAUUGAACCCCCCGAAGUCCAAUUUAUCGAAUCCCCUAGCACCUCCGACACUCCGCGUCCUAUCCCAAUACACCCUCACAUCUACAGCAAUGGCAUCAUCUGUCUCGACCUACUGAGUUCCGCCGGCUGGUCUCCGGUCCAAACGGUCGAGAGCGUCUGUAUGAGUAUUCAAAGCAUGCUGACAGCUAAUUCGCGCAACGAGCGACCCCCUGGUGAUAGCGACUUCGUUUCUUACAACCGGCGUCGACCGCGCGAUAUCAACUUUAUGUACGAUGAUGAUAAUGUCUAA